GGUGCUGCGCGCGGUCGCGGAGUCGCGGCGGGUGCGGACGCUCCCCGGCUUCAUCAAGUACCUGGCGAAGCGGGAGGCCGCGAUCACGAGGCGCGACGCGCGGGGCGUCCCCACCGCCCUCAGCGCCCCCGCGUUCAUCUCCGGCCCUUCCCGGGAAGAGGAAUCAGUAUACACGCAACUGUUCGACAACGAGGUUCAGAUGUACGAUCAAAGCCCCAGCAAUGAAAUGGCUACUAGUCUCUCAAACCAUGGGAUGGUAGAGGUUGGGAGUCCCAACCAACAGAUGCCGUUCCAUUUACAUGGCAAUGGUGGUUCUGUCAGACAAAUUGCUCGUUUGGUUCCACAGCUUGCUCAGCUGACAGUUGAGAGUCCAUGUGGCCAUACAUCUUCUGUGUCGCAGAAUCAAGGCUGCAUUGAAGUUGGGACUCCUACCCAGGCAAUGGUUUCUCCUGGGUUGAACCAAAUGGCUCUGUAGAUUGACAGUCCUGCCCGAGCAAUGGCUCCUGCGGUGCCUAAUGAUGUUAUGAUGCAAGUUGGUAGUCCAUGCCGUUGCAUGCCAUCUGGCCUGCAGAACUAUAUAGAGAUUGACAGCCCCAUCCAGCCGAUGAUUUCUACUCCAAGAAGAGUUUCCACCCCGAGCUCUGUUCAGGAUAUUUCAAGACUCAUUGAGAAUAUGGCUGGCCCCUCAGUAAGUCCGCCGAGCCCCAUUACGGCGAUGCCGCAAAACCCUACAACGACUUGCCAUACAACAGACAAUGCAUUGAGGGAGGCAGCGAGUCCUCAGAUGCUAGCGCUGGAAGAGUUAGGGUUCAGAAAAAUAUUUAUGGUUUUUGCUUACCUUGCCAGUGAAAAGAUAGAGAAUGUUCUGUCUGUGGACUAUAUUAGAUCCUUGAAGUUUCUGUCCAUGGCGCAAUUUGAGUCACAAAUCUGGAGAACAUUUGGCCACAAGUAUAUUGCAGCUUCGGAUAGAGCAAAGAACCUUGAUUCAGAUCCAGGCAUGACAAAAGUCUAUCAUUGUAAUGUUGCGAUAAGAGGGGAUACUGUAGUCAAAAUUUUCAAGGGACCAUAUAUCGAGAAUACAAGGACUCAUCUACAGAAAGUUGUUGGUGAUGAUAAUGUCCUUGUAGUAAAGUUUAUGGGGAAACUGUCAGACACCAAGACUGACUUCUCUACAUAUUGUGAACAUUACCAUAAGGUUGCUGAAGAUGGUAUUGUUUUGGGUUUGCGCCGAUAUCGAUUUUUCGUUUACAAGGAUGGAGGGAAAGAGGAGAAAUUGAAACAAGAGAAGAUAGAAGACAAAAACAAAUGCACUUCACCUGUCAUGUGCUACUUUGUUCGCACUGAGUCUGGGUGGAACAUGGAUGAACCUUAUAUACUCUCUGGGAGAACAGUUGGUCAGGCCCGUGAACUAUUCAUGCACAUAAGUUCUGCCCCCACCUUGGCAAAAUAUAUGGCCAGGUUUGCUUUGAUACUCUCCAAAACUAUCACAUGGGAUGCUGAUCUAUCAGCAGUUUAUGUCAGACGGAUUAAAGAUGAACCUUGCAUGGACAGACAUGGCAAUGUUGUUCACAAAGAUCAGGAGCCGUUGAUCCAUACUGAUGGGACUGGCCUUGUAUCUGUGGAUUUGGCUCUCAAUUGCCCCACGAGUAUCUUCAAGGGAAAAUUUUUGAAACCACAGGGCAUUGCAACUUGUGAUGAAAGUGAAACAGUGAUGAGGCCUAACAGUUUGAAGAGGCAUCGAUCUCUCACCGCUGAACAUCCUCUUCUUAUGCAGUUCCGUCUGUUCUAUAAUGGAUCUGCUGUAAAGGGAACAGUCCUAGUUGACAGGCGGCUUCCUCCUGCAACUAUACUCAUCCGACCAUCAAUGGUAAAAAUAGAAACUCAUCCAGAAUUAUCUGGUGUCCGGUCUGUCAACUCAUCGGAAAUAGUCUCUGCACGAAAUGCCAAGAAAAGUUUAUCUGGUGUUCAGUCCGUGAAUUCCUUUGAAAUAGUCUCUACAAGCAAUCGACCCAGAAGGACAUUAACAUCAAGGUUCUUGAUAACAUUACUUUGCUAUGGAGGAGUUCCAGAAGAGUACUUUUUGGAGCUUCUGCAAAGUGCAAUUGAAGGGGCUGAGAAUGCAUGUUACGAUUAUGAAGAUGCACUGAGAAUUGCAUUCAGCUAUGCUGACAUGGAAGAUUCAAUGUCAGCACGUAUGAUUCUUUCUGGAAUUCCUCUAGAAGAGUCAUAUUUGCAACAUAGGCUGGAUUUCAUGGCUCAACAGGAAAGAAAAGGAAUCAAGCAAGGAAAGAUACCAAUUGAUGAGUGCUAUUAUCUAAUGGAUACUACAGACCCUACCGGAACACUCAGACCUAAUGAAGUCUGCGUGAUACUUGAAAAUGGCCAGUUUUCUGGAGAUGUUCUUGUUUAUAAACAUCCUGGGUUACAUUUUGGUGAUAUACAUGUCUUGAAAGCAACAUAUAUUAGGGAUCUAGAAAAGGAGUAUGUGGGAUAUGCUAAAUAUGCUAUACUCUUCCCUAUUUCUGGGCCGCGGUCUUUGGCUGAUGAGAUGGCCAACAGUGAUUUUGACGGUGACAUUUAUUGGGUCUCAAAAAACCCAAAGUUAUUAGAACACUUCAAACCUUCUGAACCGUGGGUACAAGCUAUUAAACCAAAAAAGACCAAGCAAAAGAAACCUCAGGAUUGUAAUGAAUCCAAACUUGAAAGGCUGCUAUUUCAUGAGUUCUUGAAAACAAGAUUUACUCCCAGUUUUGCACUUGGUACGGCAGCUGAUAGCUGGUUAGCAUAUAUGGACCGACUAUUGACAGAUUCACUUGACGAAAUUGAAAAGAAACUAAUAGAGGAAAAGAUGCUAAAGUUAGUUGACCUGUAUUAUUUGGCUUUGGAUGCUCCGAAGACUGGGAACAAGGUCAAUAUUCCAAGUGAUCUGAUGGUAAAACAAUACCCCCACUUCAUGGGCCGCAGUUUUUCGUACCAUUCAUCAUCCAUACUUGGACAAAUCUAUGAUAAAGCAGAAGAUGUAGAAUCUCUGCGAUCUUGUAAUGUUCAACCAAUCGGGGUAUCAUUGCUCCCAUGUUUCAUGGAAAGAGAAGCACCUCCAGCAGCCAGGCACCUCUGGCAACACCGCUACGAGGAGUACUUGACUGACAGUACAAUGCUCUAUCGCGCAAUGGUAGAUAAAGAAGAAAGGAACAUGAAGUUCCAAGAACUCUACGAGAAGUACAAGCAUAUGCUCUACGAUGCAUCUGAAUUCGAGCAGACACAGAGGGACCCCGACGACGUGUUCUCGGAAGCCUGCGUGAUCUACCAGAUUGUGUAUGAGAAAGCACGGUGGAGCAACGACGCCAGCAGGUGUGGCUUCGCCUGGAAGGUCGCCGGCCGCGCGCUGUGCCACUUCUACGCGCUCAAGAACGAGGGUGACACCGCGCUCUGCUCGCUUCCACUUCUUCGCAAGAUCAUCAAGAAGGAUCAUCGCAGGUAGAGUGUCGUGUUUAUGGACUACUACCACCAAAUUAACUAUCUAUUGUAUCAAGUAUGUGUGUACUGUAGCAGUAAUGUUAGGAGCAGACUUUUUAAGCUGGUGAUUUAGCACUUCUCAUGAACAUGUGGGACAAAGUACUACUAGAAAAAUUAUUAUGGGCCAUGUUUAUACCGGCAUGGCUGCUUCAAGUGAACCUGCUGUAGUGAACUAGUGAUUAUCUGUAAGCGCAGUGUCCAGUGUGACAAUGGGCACAAGUAUGCAUCACUGUUGGUGUGCAAAAUGGACAGCAUGGAUUCUGUAUGGUACGAGGUUAUCUCUGUUGGGAACUAGAGUUGUUUAAAAUCCUGACUGGAACGUAUAGGAUUUAAAAGGAGUUUUUUUCUCUUUCAGGAAUCAGUAGGUAGAUUGAAGCCAGGAAUUUUUCACUUGUACCAAAGAUCUAUUUAUAAAUAUUUUUAUUACAAAUAAA